AUGGCUCGAAAGAGAAGUGCUGUCAAGUCGGCCGACGAAGACUAUGAGUUGACCCCUGAGCCGGCUCUGAAGAACCCGAAAGUCACAGUCACAAGAAACUCUCGGUCCACGAGGUCUGCGAAGCAGGCAACCGAUGCCGCGGCACUCGCCACUUCCAAGCAGCGCAACAGGUCCGUUGACGAGACGAAAGCGGAAGAAACCGAGGAGGAAGAGGCCACGCAUCACAGACUCGGUGCCACGCCUCAAGGAAGAGACGAGGCUAUCCUGCAUUUCGAUUGGCUUGCCCACACCUUCGUCGAACAGGGCAUGGUAUUGGAGAAAAGGAAACAAUCGGAAGAGAUCCUAACCAACAGUCUGGCGCACCAGAGGCUUGAGAUUGGCCAACUCCAGAAGAAAUGCGCCAUUCUGGAGAAGAACCAAAACAAGCUUCAGGAAACGGCCAGGACGUGGAAGGCACGGCACGACAAACAGGGCGAGGACAUCAAGGAGUACCAGCUUGCCAUUGAUGACUUGAAGAAAAAGGAGUCACGAGACGACAACCAUGAUCCGAACAGAGUGCUCGACGGGGAGCUCUGCAAGCGAUGGCUCGGAAUAGACUACGUUGCUCAGCAGAUGGCCACAUCAACCUUGACGAUUCCAGCCGAGGAGGUUGACCUCACUUCCUGCACCGCCGAGAUAGUCCAACUUAUCGACGAGAUCAAGGAGUGGAAGAAGAAAAGGCUACCGCAAUUCCAGACCUUCCUGCUCCAGCGAUUCGCCUGGAAUAGAUUAUGCCUCGAUAUUUUUCAAGCCAAAAAUGGAACUUGGGGAGGCCUUCUGGGCGAGACAUUCGUCGGAAUGCUCAACACGGCCAUAAGAAGGAGCCGAAAGAACCCGACCGAGCUCGGCAUCAUCAGUAGGAUGAAAUUUGACACAGCAAAGCUCAUCGACACAGAAAUUGGCCUAAACAAGGACGAAAUUGAAAAGCGUGCGGACGCCUUGUUCGACGACAUCUCGAUUUUUGCCCCGUUCAACGAUCGCCAAAAGCUUCGCAAAGCCAUAUCCGGCUUGUUUCAACGGGCUGCCCAACUCAUGGUCAUCUUGAUACGCUCCCGGGCCCUUUUCAUCAUAAAGAACGAUGAUCUGGGAUACCAUCAUGGCCCGGUACCAUUUGACGAAGAGACGAUGGAAAGGGGCUUCGCCAUCCACCUUGAGACCCCCGAGGACGAAUGGAUGGUGGACUUUGUCAUCGCUCCCGGGUUGGAGAAAAUUGGCACCAGCGAUGGCAGGAUGUUUGAGGAGGCCUGCUUUGUUGGCAAGUCGAUCGUCGCGACCUGA